UGUAAAAAUUGCAUUUUUUGAUAUUAGAACGUUAACGCAUAGCCUACGCCUGCGCAUGUUAUCACAGCUCAGUUAGAUUCUGAGGGAUAAAUAGUUGAAAAUAGGCUGCCUAGGCCUAACUGAUCUAACAUGGGACAUGCGAAGUAUGUUGUGGAAACAUUCAAGAAUACUAAGUUGCCCUGCAUGGGGAAAUAUGUAUUAUUGGAUUUUCUCGGAAAUAAUAUUUUACGAGCAGCUAACACGGACACUGGAAAUAAAUUGAUCUGCAAGGUGUUUUACAUUACUCGAUAUUGGGAAUCAUUAGCCGCCUACUUUCAAGUUCCAGCUCACCCAAAUCUGAACCAAAUCAUCGACACUGUUCUUGGGGACACAAUGGUCUAUGUAUUCUUUGAUCAUAGCUAUGGAGAUCUACACUCCUAUCUGAGGUCCGUGAAAAAAUAUCGAGAGGAUGAAGCAGCCAGGCUAUUCCAUCAAAUGGUUUCAGCUGUUGCACAUUGUCAUGAUUAUGGUGUUGUUCUGAUGGACCUCAAACUGAAAAGUUUUGUCUUUAAGGAUGAAGACAGAUGCUAUUUAAAGCUUGACACUUUGGAGGAUGCAUACCUCAUGGUGCAGGGACAUGACUCUCCGCCCCGAAGGCAUAGAUGCCCCGCUUACAUUAGCCCUGAGGUCUUGGAAUCAGAGAGCCCAUCGUCAUGGAAAGCUGCAGAUGUGUGGUGCCUAGGAGUCAUACUUUACACCAUCUUGAUGGGACAUUAUCCUUUUAAUGACACUGACCACAGUUCCCUCUUUCAGAAGAUCAAACGUUGUAAAUAUAGUCUUCCAGACAUACUGUCCCCCAAAGCCAAGUGCCUCAUCCAUAAUAUCCUUCGACCAGAUCCUGUGCAACGACUGACAGCAAGAGAAAUAUUGGAUCAUCCUUGGUUUUCCUCAAAUAAUUGGACUGGAAAUAUGGCAGGGGACAAGUCUGAUAAAGAAUGCUGCGAUCAGAUGGUUCCAAACCUGUUUUGUUGAAUGAGGAGAGAUCAAUCUGAGGAAAUUGAAGUGUGCCAAAGCUUUUCAGCUUUUGUAGGCAUCAGAAAUGUUGUGCUGUCUCCCUAUAUUCCUGAUACCAAAAACUUGCUCUUGUAGGCUACUUGAUAGCUAUGAACAUAACCAUGUCUUCAUAUUUCACACCAAAGGUUAUUUAAUUUAGCCCAACAGCUCAGUGUCAUGCCAAGAUCAGAGUGACACCUGUUGACAACUUUGUUUUUGGGAACACAUAGUAGCAGCUGCCCUGGAACCAGUAGAUGGCACUAUAAAUACACCGAAAGGACAUUACAUUGGAGUUGCCAUGGACUGUUGGGGUGAAAGUGGAAUUUAUACAAUCAUUUCUGAUGUUACUGUGUGUGCUUAUGCUGCAGUGUAAUACAUUUUUGUCUGUAAGCCUCCUUGUAACUCAGGUUCACAAUGUUUUGCAUGUGAUUGGCCAGGCAUGUCAGAAGGAUUCAUCUUGGGCAUUGUCUUGUGCGUCAUGGAGAUGCAGAGACAAAGCAGAUUGAUUUUUGGAUA